AUGAAAAGAAACAAAAGAACAAACUAUGUUUCCUCUUAUGAGAGAUUCAAAAGUUUACCAAAUGAAAAACUAUAUGAAACAUAUCACAGAUUUGCAAAACUUUUGAAUGAGCUAAAGAAAUUUGGGAUUAUAAAAUCAAAUGAUGAAAGGAAUAUAAAAUUUCUGGAUGCUUUGCCUAGAGAAUGGAGAAGUCAAACCAUGACUUUGUCCUCUACCUUAGAACUAGGUAAUAUGAGUCUUCAUGACUUAUAUAUCAUUCUGGUCCCCAGAGAAGAUGAAAUAUUUGAAGAAUCAAUUCAGAGAUUGGGAUCUUUAGCUUUAAUCUCAAACUCACAAAGAACUCCUACCAAUGAUCCACAAACCUCAAACAGUCAAAAUCUUGAAAUUUGUGAUACAUCAUCAGAUUUUUCAACUUUUGCGGAAGCUGUUGCCCUGCUCACCAAAACUUUUGAGCAGAGGUUAAGGGGAGGAGGCCAAAGAUACCAGAAAAGUGAUAGAAGGACGCUGGAUGGAAGAUCUAGGGAAGAAGGAAGAUUAAAGGAUAAGGGAAAGGCUGAAGUUGUAUGUUACAAAUGUAAACAAAAGGGUCACUAUGCAUCAGAGUGCAAAACCAAGAAACUGAAGGAUGUUGCAUACAAUGAAAAGAAGCCAGAAGAUGCAAAGAAGCAACAACAAGUCAGUUUGAUAGCAGGGACAUAUACAUGGCUGUCUGAUGAUUCUUCUGAUGAAGAAGAAGAAGAAGAGAUGGCUAAUUUCUGCCUUAUGGCACUUUCUGAUGAACUACCAGAAACAUCAGAACAGAAGGUAAAUCUAGAUAAUCUUGACCUUGAACACAAGUUAAACAAACUCAUAUCAGAUUUUCUAAGUCUGCAAGAUAAACAAAAAUCAGAUAGUAAAAAGUCUGAUAAGUUGCAAAGAACCUUGAAUAAAGUUAUACUUGAAAACCAGUUACUGAUAGAAGAAAGCUUAGAUCACAAAGCCAAAAUUGAAUUUUAUGAAAAGGAAAGAAAAGAUCUAUACAAGAAAAUUCAUGAUAAAGAAAUUAAUGUAAAGGGUUUUCAACAAGCUAAGGAAUUCAUUAACUUUAUUGAAGCUACACCAAAGAACAGAGGUGAGGGUUUAGGGUAUGUAAAAACAAAUGAAAAUAAACCCACCACCUUUGUAAAAGCAACACAUCAGAUUUCUGAUAAAUUUACAUCAGAAGCUGAUUCUGAAUCAUGCAUAUCAACAAGUUCUGAGAACUCUUUUGAAAUCUCAAAACUCAACUUAAAAGCAAAAAUGAGUGAAUCAAAACAAAAAUGUUUAAAAACUCCAGAAGUGAUUCACUCAAGAUUUCAAAAUUAUCUAACAAAUCCAUAA